ACGGCGCACGCCCGGGGGCGGUGCCCGGACCAAAUCUGCGUGACAGUUGUUGCGGGGGGAGGGCAGCCCAGACAAGGGGGAGGGAGUGUAAAUAGAGCGAAGGCGGCGGCGUGUUGACCCCAUCACCUCUCGCCUCUCGGUAUCCCGCGAGGAGCCCCCGAGAAAGAGAAAGAGAGAGAGAGAGAGAUGGAUGAAGAUGAGCAAGAGCAGCGGCGCAGAAAGGUGGAGGCCGGGAGAGCGAAGCUUGCUCACUUCCGACAGAGAAAAACAAAAGGUGACGGUGCGCAUCCGAAGAAAAAGACGGCGAAGAGGAAGGGCCCGGCUGUCGAUGCGCCUGUCCAGGAGGAGAGCCCGGUAGCCACCGACGGUGGUGGACUCCUGGGAGGAGGGGAUGUUUGCAAACACACGUCCUGCAGCGGCACCCCUGCUGGGGCGGGAGCAGCGCAGGCCCUGGCAGCCACCGGUCGGCAUUCUGUCCCUGUGGAUUUGCCUGUUCUGGACAUUCCAUGUUCGCAGAGCCACACGGAACGUGAACAGGAAUGUACACUAGAAACCGAGGAGCAGAUGAGAAGACCGGAGGAUGAGGUCGGCGCACAGCAGGGGGCGGCAGUCGAGCCUCAGGGACCCGCGGAGCUGCAGCGGGUCCAGCUGCAGACCCAGCCGGUGCCGUCGCUGGAGCUGGAGGCGCUGCGCCUGAGUCUCAGCAACAUGCACACGGCGCAGCUGGAGCUGACGCAGGCCAACCUCCAGAAGGAGAAGGAGACGGCGCUGACGGAGCUGCGGGCCAUGCUGAACGCGCGGCACGCGCAGGAGCUGGCGCUGCUGCAGAGCCGGCGGCAGCAGGAGCUGGCGCUCGCCCGGGAGGAGCAGACUGACGGCAACUCUGAGCUGAUCUGCUUUUCUGUUUUUCUUGCAGCUGAGCUGAAGGAGAAGUUACAGUCAGAAAUGGAGAAAAACGUGCGGAUGAUAGAGACCCUGAAACAAGACUGGGAAUCCGAGAGAGGUUUAUGCCUGGAAAACCUACGUGAAGAAUUGUCUGCAAAGCAUCGGUUGGAGUUGGAGAAUUUACAAGACCAGUUUAAGAAAGAAUUGGCAGAACAGAAAGCUGAGUUGGACAAGAUUUUUCAAGCCAAAAGUCAGGCUGAAAUUGCCCUGAGGACCCUGGAGGCGCAGCACGACACAGACCUGAGGAGGCUGCGCGAAGACUUGCAGUCCGAGCACUGCCAGCACUUAGAGGACCUGGAGCUGAGGCUCCGAGACCAGGAGGUGGAGAAGCAGCGCGAGUUAGAGGACCUCCGAGCGUCGUACGAAGAGCUGAAGGCUCAGUCACAAGAAGAAAUCCAGCGCCUGUGGUCUCAGCUCACAUCUGCGGGGCCCGACCGACAGGACCCGAGUGGUGAGGCGCUCAUGUUGGAAGCUGAGGUCCUCAGACACUACAGCCGCGUGUUUAUUUGGUUCCCCGACCAGCUCCUGACCUGUGCGCCUCACGCGGAGGGACUGGGGCACCGAAGUCCAGACUGUGAGCAGUGUCAGCGGGAGAAAACGGAGCACGAGUCUGAGUUGGAGCAAUUGAGGAUUUAUUUUGAGCAGAAAUUAAAGGAAGCAGAGAAGAGUUACCAAGAAGACCUGACUCUGUUAAAGCAGCAGCUGCAGGAGGCAAAUGAAGAGUCUUUUCUGGAAUCUGUGGACAUCAGUUCACCCAGCGCGGUUUUAGAAGAGAGGUCUGAAAAACGAAGGGGAGAGCACGUUGAUGGACCCAGCCUUCAACCUGAGGUAGAAGAAGCCCACUCGCACCAGCUAAUGGCGCGGAAGUCCUCCCUGGAAGGCCGGGGCCGGCAGGAGGUGGGCCUCGAGGGGCCGCAGGUGCUGGAAGGGGAGCUGCGUCAGGUGCUCUUGGAAGGGCCUGGCGGAGGACUGGCUCGGGUGCCUCUCUGCGGUGCGCAGGACGCUGCCUUGGAGGUGGAGACGGAGGCGGCAGCGGGAGCCUUGGGUUUGGAAACCGAACACGAGCUUAACCUCUCACUUCUCCAGGCGGGGCUCAGGGAAGAAAUCGAUGUCUUAAAACUGGAAAAUAGAAGUUUACACGAGAGGUUGCAGCCUGAGGCCCGCCUGAAGGAGGACUUGGGGAGGGUCAAACAUAACUUAGUUGAAGAUCACCAGGAGGAGCUGAAGAGAGCCAACGAGAAGAUUCAGCUAAUGAAGGAGGAGCUCAAGGAAAGGGCGGCCGAAUGGAAGGUGACGAGUGAGGGGCUGAAGAGAAAAGCUGAAGAGGAGGCGGCGCUGAUGCUCCUGGACCUCAGAGAACAAGCCGAGUCUGAGAAACAGCUGAUAAUAAACAAGUUUGAGCUUCGGGAAAUCAAGAUGAGGCAACUCCAGGACCAGCAGGCGGCCCAGAUCCUGGAGCUGGAGGGGUCGCUGGUGGAGCAGCAGGGCCGCCUGCGGCAGCUGGAGCUCGGGCUCGCCGGGGACGGGUGUCCGUGGUGCGGCCGGCGUGGCCGGGAGCCGGGUGGCGGGCCGGCUCCCGGGGGCGAGGACCGGGAGCUUGCCGCCCUGCGCCUCAAGGAGGACUGUGCCCUCCAGCUGAUGCUGGCCCAGAACAGGUUUUUAGAAGAACGUAAAGAAAUCACAGAGCGGCUCACCGCGGAGCAGGACGCCCUGCUGCGGGAGGCCCAGGAGAAGCACGCCCGGGAGCUCCGGCUCCUCCAGGAGAGACACCGGCAGCACGUGCUGUCCUUGACGGCGGAGCUCGAGGCCCGGCAGCGGGCUCAGGCGGAGGAGCUGCGGGCCUCCGUGGAGGGCGAGCAGCGGGCUCGCUGCGAAGCCCGCCUGGCCGGCUUGCGGACGGAGCACGCUGCCGCCGUCAGCGCUUUGGAGGCGAGACACUCGUCACAGCUGGAGUCUCUGGAGUCCCGUCACCUGGCGGAGAUGCAGGCCUUGAGGGAGGAGCACAGGCGGGCUCUGGAGCAGCUGCAGAGGAGAGACGCUUCUCGCUCCGCGGCGCCCGCCCAGGAGCUAGACCUUCCGCCUGUGGAGGACGGCCCGAGCGCGCAGGGUGAAUUUGAAAGUGAAGAUUCCUUACGUGAACAAGAGAAGAUACGUAGACUUGAGUGUGAGCAAGCUCAGUCUCUGUGCCGAAACGAGGAGUCUUUGCUUCUGCAGCUUCAGGAGAAGAAUAACCAGAUUCUGCAGCUGAAAGACCAAAUUUUAUCCUUAAGACAUGAGGUAGAAGAAUGCCAUUCGGAACUGGAGAAGCUCCAGCAAAGACGUGAAAGGGAAAACCAGGAAGGCACGAAUCUCAUCUCGAUGCUGAAGUCCGACGUUGACCUCUCUGACCGUGAAAGGAGAGCUCUCCGGGACGCUCUGCGGAGGCUGCUCGGGCUGUUCGGAGAGACCCUGAAGGCUGCCGUCGCCUUGAAGAGCCGGAUCCAUGAGCGCGUGGGGCUGUGUCUGGAGGACGAGGGCCCGCCCGACGGCCAGGCCCUGCCUGCAGCGCCGGUGCCCGAGGAGCCGUGGCCCGAGGCGGCCCUGCUGGAGCUGGACAGAACUGUGCCCGAGUGUGUGGAGGGGUCUUCAGACGCCGAACUUAGCAGUCACGUCUGUGAAAGCUUCUUCAUGAGCCCAGAAGGUUCACCGGAGUGCGAGCAGCCAGUGAGGAGGAUUUACCGGAGCCUCGGGCUGGCGGUGGACGGCCUCCUGGAGCUGGCUCUGGGCUCCGCCAGACAGCUAGAGGAGGCCCGUCAGAUUCAUUCUCGGUUUGAGAAAGAAUUUAGUUGCAAGAACGAGGAGACGGCGCAGGUCGUUAGGAAGCACCAGGAGUUACUGGAGCGCCUGGACGAGGAGAACGCCGCCCGGACGCGGCUGACGCUGGAGCUGCACCAGGCGCAGGGCCUCAUCGAAGGGUUCAAGGUGGAGCAAGCCAGCCUGCAGCAGGCGCUAGGCCAGAAGGAGACGGCCGAGCAGGGCCUCGCGGCGGAGCUGGAGAGCCUGAGGCAGCAGCUGGAGCUGGCGACCCGGCAGCGGGCGGAGCUGAGGGAGGAGAACUCCGCCCUGUGCGCCCAGCAGGAGGCCCUGGCCGCUGAGGCAGGGGAGAGAGAAGCGGCGUCUCUUGCGGACCUCCUGCUCGUGAUGUCUGCAGAGCUGGUCUGGGGUGUCUCGUCUGGGCUGUGCGCGCAGCCACAGGUCGCCUCUACUCCUCCCGUGCUUUUCACCACACUUCCUGGGGCUCUCUGGAGGCCGGGCCUGCGGCAUGCGGCCACAGCUCCAGGGCCCCGGGGCUCCUUCCCUGUGUCACCAGAGCAGGCCGUCGACAGGGAGCACGAGCGGGAGGAGUUCCAGCGGGAGAUCCAGAGGCUGGAGGAGCAGCUCCGGCAGGCGGCCCGGCCACGGGGCCCCUGCGCGCGCGACCAGGAGCAGCUGGAUGAGGAGGUGGAAUUGCUGCAAGAGAAGCUGAGACAGAAAUCAGACGGGUUUGAUGAACUGGUCAUAAAGAAAGAACUGGCAGACAGACAGGUGCUAAUCCAGGAGGAGGAAAUCAAACGUCUCCAGGAGACCAAUGCCAGCUGCCGACGCGAGGCGGCUGCGCUGCGGGACGAGCUGGAGAAGCAGAGAAGCGCCGUGAAGGCCUUGCAGCAGGAUAACGAGGCGUUACAGGAGCAGAAUGGGAUGCGGUCCACACUGCCAUCUAAACUCGAUGAGGGCAGAUGCCCCACACUUCCUGCAGGCACUUGUCCCGGGGGCCCGGGAGUCCAGUUAGAGGCAGUACAGACGGCACUCCGGCAGCGGGAGAGCGAGGUUUUAGACUUAAAAGAACAAUUAGGAAAGAUUAAGGAGGACUUAGUAAGCAAGGACGAGGAGGUGCUGCACCUGAACUUGAAGCUGGAUGCGCAGAACAGCCGCGCUGCUCUCAGCCUGCAGGAGCUGCAAGAGGAGAACGCCAGCCUGAAGGCAUUUCUGCAGAACAAGGAAAAGGAGAUCAAGGGUGUGAGUGAGCAGCUCGAGGCACAGCUGGCUGGGAUGGGAGGCGGUGCUCUCUCUGAGGUUCCCUUUGACCGAAGCUCCGAGGUUGAGGAGCUGAGGUCCGUCAUCGAGAAUUUGCGAGAGAACCAGCAGCGACUGCAGAAAGAGAAGGCGGAGGAGAUGGAGCAGCUCCACGAAGUCAUCGAGAGGCUGCAGAGAGAGCUCUCACUCGACCCCGUGUCGCCCGGGCCCCCGGUCAGCGAGCUGCCGGGCGGCCCUGUGGCCGGGCCCGAGGCGCUGGCGGCACUGGCGGCGGGCGUGCCGGGCCGGCUGCUCUCGGAGCAGGAGCGCAGGCAUGGCCAGGCCCUGGAGGCCCUGCAGCAGCGCCUGCAGGCCGCGGAGGAGGCCGCCGGGCGGCAGCUGGCCGAGCUGGAGCGCAGCGCAGCCCUCAGGGAGGCUGAGGUGCAGGCCAUGGCCUCCCAGAUCCGAGCCUUUGAAGCCACCCUAAAAGCCAAGGAAGCGAAGAUUGCAGAGAGGGAUUUAGAAAUCGAUGCUCUGAAGCAGCAGAAACUGGCCCACUCGGCCGAGCUGGAGGCCAUCCUGUCCGCCUUCUCCCGUUUCCGCCGCGCCCUGGAGCAGCAGCCCCUGGCCGCUGAGGACGGGCCCCCAGAGCUGCAGCGGCUGCGCGCGCAGUGCGUCCGCCUCAGCCACCAGCUCCAGGUGCUGAACCAACGGUUCCUGCGGUGCCAGAAGGAGCUGGACAGGCAGCAGGCCCGCGGGGCCCACCUGCACCCUGGUGCGGAGGGCAGCUCCCAGCGGUGGGGCUCCAGGGGUGAAGAGGCCUCUGGUGACGAGGACUCGGGGCAAGAUGUGGGCAGCAGGCAGCUGAGCACAGCCCCCAGCGGCCACGUCAGAGACCCACAGGCCACGGUUAACGGUGACGUGCGGCCCGCCAAAGCCCCGCUGACGCCAGACCACCCGCAUCUGCGUGGACAAGACCGUGUGACGUCGGCGCUCGCGGCCUGCCAGAGGCAGCUGGAGUCGGAGCUGCUCUUGGUGAAGAGCAAAAUGCACUUGAGAGCAGACGACUGUGGCCAAGUGCCGGGGAGGAUGAAGAAUAAGGAAAAACUACUGGAAGAUUGUCAGCUGCGGAAAGUUGGUCUCAUAAGUCAGAUGAAAGAACUUCAAGAAAAGUUGAACCAUUUGGUGUCUUCUGUGAGCUUCCAGAACAGCGAGACUGAGGAUUUCAGACUUCAGCAGCCAUUGGCAUCUUCGCCUGCUUCAGAAAAUAAUUUGAGUGACAUUUCUAAUAAUGGUGAAGAGACUGACAGAUUACCUCUUGUUGAUACAUUGCAUGUAGAUAAAUCCGCAUGUGAUCUGACUGACCUUAGUGGUGGAAAGCAGGAUUCAUUGACCAGAAAAGAAAUGCCAGAUGUUCCCAUGGAAGACGAAGUUGAUUUGCAGGAUGGAUCGCUUUGUUUACAAGCGAGCUUGCACGGUGGCUCCCAUGACCUUACCCACACCCAGGGGCCCGGUCCCGUGCAGACUGCACUCAGGGCGGCGGACAUGUCCUCCUGGAGCUCACCGGAGGUGGUCAGGAAAGACUCGACCCUCGAGCCUGCGCCCAGCCUGCCCCUGACGCCCUGCUCGGACACCCUGAGCUUGGAGGCCUCUGUGCGGGACAGGACAGGCGCCUCGCUUCAGGCUGACCGGUCAGGCCUGCUUUGGUACCCGGGCGGGUCGGCAGCGGGGAAGGCCUCCAGGUGGGCAGAGUCUCCAUUGGCUGCAGACAGGACUCCCUCUGCCGACCACCACGUGCAGCGGGCAGCCGUGGAGAAAGAUGUUGAAGAUUUUAUCGUAACCUCUCUUGAUGCUCAAGGAAAGCCCAGAUCUUCUCCUUUUGCGAUUGAAGGAAAAAACAGCAGAAGUGAUCCUGGUGAUGGCUCAGGGUUUGGAGAGAUACUAAGCCAAGGCUCGGGCAGACUUGAUACCCCCACUGCAAGUCCUGCUGUGUCACCUCCUGCCUCUGGAAGGUUCCGACAGCUGCUGGAAGCCAUGAAGGAGAAGGAAGUCCAUUCAAAGCAAGUAAAGGCUCUGCUGCAGAUGGUGUGUGACGAGAGCCACCACAUCCUGGCCUUGUCCGAGUGCCGCGGGCCACCUAGCGCCCUGAGCAAGGGUGAGCCGAGUGCCCCCCUUGAGCACUUCCCAAGAGAAGGCCCCGGCCCGUUGGAGGUAGUGCCGGCCCUGAGAAGGCAUCCAAGCCCGGCACCCCUGAAAGGAGAGAAGGAGUGUCCUGACAUGUGCCUCGACUGGAGAGGAGAGUUUCUACAGAUGGUUCAGGAGGCGUUCGGAAAGGAAUGGGAGAUGCUGAGGGCUGAGUUGCAGCCCCGGCCCUGUGGCUCUGAGCCCCGGGACCACAGCUCCUUGCUGCAGAGGCUAGAGAAGGUGGUCCAGGAGCAGGAGAAGUCCUUGGAACACCUUCGCCUGUCAGACCGGACCAGCCUGCUGUCCGAGAUCCAGGCUCUGCGCGCGCAGCUGCGGAUGACGCACCUGCAGAACCAGGAGAAGCUGCAGCAGCUGUGCGCGGCGCUGACCAGCGCCGAGGCCCGCGGGAGCCGGCAGGAGCACCAGCUGCGCAGGCAGAUUGAGUUAUUGGCGUAUAAGGUUGAGCAGGAAAAACGUAUAGCGAGUGACGUACAGAAAACGCUGAAUGAAGAGCAAGAGAAAGCCAGCAGCGUUCAGAAGCUCCUGGUGGUAGAGCAGACCGUUGUCAGCGACUUAAGAUCUGAGCUCCGCGAGUGUAAACAGGACAACGAGAGGCUGCUGGCGUCCCUCAGCAAGGCGCAGCAGGAGGUCCUCCAGCUGAGGUCCGUGCUGGACAGCAAGGAGAGCAACCUGAAGGCCGCGCUGCAGGAGCUGGAGAGCGAGCGCGAGAAGGAGCGCGCCCUGCGCAGCCGGCUGGAGGAGGAGCAGCUGCAGCACCUGCAGAGGGAGGGCCAGAGCUCCAAGACCCUGGAGGAAUUAAGGCUCUCCCUGGAGAAGCAGCACGCGCAGAGCAACAGGCUGUGCGUGGCGCUGAAGCACGAGCAGACGGCCAAGGACAACCUGCAGAAGGAGCUGCGGAUCGAGGCGUCGCGCUGCGAGGCGCUGCUGGCGCAGGAGCGCGGCCGGCUCUGCGAGCUGCGGCGCAGCCUGGAGGCCGAGAAGGGCCGCUCGCUCGAGCUGCGAGAACUGGAGCUGCGGCGCCAGCGGGAUGAGCACAAGAUCCGGCAGCUCCAGCGGACCGUCCAGGACCUGGAGGCGAAGGAGGAGGCCCGCCAGCGCCAGGGCCCCGAGUCGGCGCGGCUGCAGGAGCAGCGCCUCGGCCUGGAGAAGGUCCGGCAGCAGCUGCUCUGGGCCGCCGGGCUCCUGACCAGCUUCGUCGGCCGCACGGUGGACAGGACAAUUAGCAAUUGGACAUCAUCAAAUGAGAAAGCAGUGACAUCCUUACUGCACACGUUAGAAGAACUCAAGUCUGAGCUGAGUGCGCCCAACGCUUCCCAGAAAACAAUGCCAGCGGAGCUGCAGGUCCAGCUGGUGGACGUCCUGCUGAAAGACAAGGAGUCCCUCACGAAAGCUCUGCGCACGGCGACGCAGGAGAAGGCGGAGCUGCGCCGGGCGGUGGCCCAGCUGGAGGCGGCCCUGAAGCAGCACCUGCCGAAGGGCCGCGUGCGGAGGAGGCCGGACAGGUGGAGGCCGGACAGGGCGGUCUCUCAGAGCUCACCGCGACAGCCGGACGCAGGGUUGCCCGCAUCGGCCGCAGGCAAGGAAGCAAACGCCUGCAACGCGCAGAUGGAAAAACUGUACCUGCAUUAUCUGAGAGCAGAAAGCUUCAGAAAGGCUCUGAUUUAUCAAAAGAAGUAUCUUUUACUGUUGAUCGGUGGGUUCCAGGACUCUGAGCAAGAAACGCUCUCCAUGAUCGCUCAUUUGGGAGUGUUUCCUUCCAAAGCAGACAAGAAAGCGAGCCCAUCUCGCCCUUUGACCAGGUUCCGAACGGCCGUCAGGGUCGUGAUCGCGACGCUGAGACUACGUUUUUUGGUUAAGAAAUGGCAAGAAGCAGACCGGAAAGGAGCUGUUGUGCACGGCCGAGCGGCCCGCCCAGGGUUCCCGGCGCCGCAGCGGCAGCAGCUUCCACCCGACACCGGUGCGUCCCCCCCAACCCGGGACGUGUCCUCCAGCCACGCCGGGGACCCUGUGCCGAGAGCCUCCCCGCGCAGGAGGGACAGAUCUGCUGCAUCCUCAGAUUCAAAAUCAGAAAGAUCCCUGGCUGCUUCUCAAGACCCCGAGCAUUCAUUGACAGAAUAUAUUCAUCAUCUAGAGAUGAUCCAGCAAACACUGGGCGGGGCCCCACCAGAUUCUACUUCAAAGAAAUCCUGCCACCAGGAAGUUAAACAGUGAAUAAAAUCCUUGCGGCUUUUACCUACAACAAUUCAACUUGAGGAAAAGAUUGGGUUUUUUUCCUUUUUCUAAGGAAAGCUUGUGGCGUGGGGUCUGGGCAGCGCCCGGUCUCCUCACGUGCCUGAGGCGCCAGCCCCCAGCACGGCUCGUUCCUGUCACCUGUUUGCUGAGUGCGUGCCGAGCAGGGGUGUCCUUGGCCACGUCGGCGCGUGCGGCAGCGCCUCGCCCCCCGGGGUGACGUGUGCGCUCCUGCAGCCCGCCCCCAGGCAGGAAGCAGAGACUGGCCUCCUGUUUGUUUCCUUAACGUGUACGGAUGGGGACUUGGUUUAAAAACAAAAAUGCACAAAAACCAAAAGGAAUAAAAGUCCAGCACUACUUUAUUUGUGAA